CAGAUGACCAGAGACUGCGGACACAGUACAGGAGAUGACAAAGACUGCGGACACAGUACAGGAGAUGACCAGAGACUGUGGACGAGAUGACCAGAGACUGCAUACAUAGUGCCACCUAUCAGUGCCAGUCAGUGUCGCUUAUCAGUGCCGCCUAUCAGUGCCAGUCAGUGCCAUCUAACAGUGCCAAUCAUUGCCGCCUAACAGUGCCAAUCAUUGCUGCUUAUCAGUGCCUCCUAUCAGUGCCAUAUAUCAGUGUCAUGUAUCAGUGCUGCCUUUCAGUGCCCAUCAGUGAUGCCUGUCAAUGCCCAUCAGUGCAACCUAACAGUGCCUCCCCAUCAGUG